AGGACUAAGGCCUCCUUGAUUAAGAAGGCAAUGUCAGGCCACUACAACUAAUAUUUAAGAAGAAAUUGAAUGAAGGAAAUAAAUAAAUGGGGAUAAAGAGAGAAGCCCUGCUUUAUUGAUGUAAAAGGAGCGAAGUUUUUUGAUGAAUUUUAAGAAAAUUAAUAUCCCAAUUAAAUCAAAGAGUGUUUGACUAUAUACCUAAGAAUAUCCGGAGGAAGGGCUUUAUGCAGCUCCAAAACGCCUUGUUCACGGAUAAUUUCAGGAGCGCUUUGGAACGCGUUGGUGGGGCAGGGCGUGGAGGAGCGGGAAGAGAGGGAUUGAGACUCGCCGUGGAGCUGGAGCCUUGUCUUGGUUAAGUCUAGGUGGAAGUCUCCGCCACCAUAGCCGAGAGUGACGUCAGCAAGUUCUUGAUCCGGGUUCGGGUUUCAUCUGGUCCAUGGAUACUUGCCUUCACUAAUAAUAAAAGUGAAAAAAAAAAAGAUUCGUUUUUGAGAUAUACAAACGACAAAUGAGAUGUCGUUUUAAUUGGAGCAAAGCGUUUCAUCAUUCAUGGCAGUGGCGGCAAAGAAAAUAGUCCUAAAAAUGGAAACUCCACUUCUAAGCUGAAGCAGUAGCUAGGGUUUUUCAAAGAAAGGAUAAAGUUUGGAUUUUUUUUUUUCUCUUUGUUUAUCGUCAAUGGAGUCAUUAACUUCUUCUCCAGUUUGCAAUUUAGGGAUUUUUAUGAGUCUCGACGACGAUACAGUCCAAGAAAUCCUCCAAAGCUACGACGGUUUCUGCGCCGCCGCUAAAUCUCUCCUCCAUGGCUCCGUCGAUCUCUCCGUCCGACACGACUUCGUCUCACACGUUCACACUCUCUGCAAACACGGCCUCCACUCUCUCGUUCGAGACUACUUCCUUAGAUCACUUGAGGAAGCUUUUGAGAACAACGGAGCGUCAAGAUUUUGGCUCCAUUUUGAGGAUUAUAGUAAAAUUGAAGAAGAUUUAGAGAAGAUUGAUGAGGAUGAGAUUCAAAGAGUGCUUUGUAAAGCUUUGGAAGAAUUAUGUUUAGUAAAAGAAAAUCAAGAGAAAUGCUUGUUAAUAUUGGUUCAUGCUUUACAAUCUUAUAUGGAGAAUUUAUCUGAUGGAAAGCACAAUUUUGAUUCAGAAAAGGUCUAUCUUUUUUCAAAGUAUCAAUUAAUUGUUUCCUCCAUUCUUAUGGCCAAUCUUCCUCGUCAUUUUCCAGAGGUACUCCACUGGUAUUUUAAGGGAAGGCUGGAGGAGUUAAGUACAAUAAUGGGUGGAGAAUUUAAUGAAGAAAAUGAGUGCGGAGGUAGAGAUGAGAUGGAUUUGGAUGAAAAGAGUAAGUACGGAACUGGCGAAAUGGAUAUUGAUGAGUGUUAUUCUCAAGACAAGUUUUCAGAGACCAAUAGGUUGGUGAGGAACAUAGGGAAGGUUGUUCGGGAUCUUAGAAACCUUGGUUUCACAUCCAUGACCGAAGAUGCUUAUGCUUCUGCUAUCUUCUUACUUCUAAAGGCUAAAGUACAUAAUUUGGCUGGUGACGAUUACCGAAGUUCUGUUUUGGAUUCCAUUAAGGGGUGGAUAGAGGCUGUACCUCUUCAGUUCUUGAAUGCAUUGCUUGCCUAUCUUGGGGAUUCUAUUAGUUUUGACCAGCAUUCAUCUGGUCUCAAGUCACCUCUGGCUUCACAACCAUCUUCAUGCUAUUCUGGAACAAAUACUCCAUCAGAAGGACUCAUUAGAUGGAAAUUGCGGCUAGAGUAUUUUGCUUAUGAAACAUUACAAGAUUUAAGGAUAGCCAAACUAUUUGAGAUAAUUGUGGACUAUCCUGAGAGCUCUCUUGCGAUUGAAGACUUAAAACAGUGUCUUGAAUAUACUGGACAGCAUUCUAAGCUGGUUGAAUCCUUUAUCUCUGCACUAAGAUACCGCUUACUUACAGCGGGUGCCUCAACCAAUGACAUAUUACAUCAAUAUGUUUCAACUAUCAAAGCACUCCGGACGAUAGAUCCAGCUGGUGUUUUUCUUGAAGCUGUUGGUGAGCCAAUAAGGGACUACUUGAGGGGAAGAAAAGAUACCAUAAAGUGCAUUGUGACCAUGCUGACAGAUGGCACUAGUGGUAAUCCAAAUGGAUCUGGAAACAGUGGGGAUAGCCUUCUUGAGGAAUUAAAUAGAGAUGAAGAAAAUCAAGAAAAUAUUGGAGUUGAUGAUGAUUUUAACACAGAUGACAAGCAAGCAUGGAUUGAUGCACAACGCUGGGAGCCCGACCCUGUUGAGGCAGACCCAUCAAAAGGUAGCCGAAAUAGACGGAAGGUUGACAUACUUGGAAUGAUUGUUGGCAUAAUUGGUUCAAAAGACCAACUUGUCAAUGAAUAUCGUGUUAUGCUUGCUGAAAAACUUCUGAACAAAUCUGAUUAUGACAUUGACUCAGAGAUACGUACUCUAGAACUCCUCAAAAUACAUUUUGGGGAAAGUAGCAUGCAGAAGUGUGAAAUUAUGCUUAAUGAUUUGAUUGAUUCCAAGAGGACAAAUACCAACAUUAAGGCAACCAUUAAUAAGACAUCUCAAAUAGAGUCAGCAGAGACUGGGAUUUCUUUGGAUAAUCUUGAUGCUACAAUCAUAUCUUCGAAUUUCUGGCCUCCAAUCCAGGAUGAGGCCCUUAUCAUUCCUGAACCUGUUGACCAGCUGCUCUCUGAUUAUGCAAGAAGGUUUCAUGAAAUCAAGACUCCUCGAAAGCUACUGUGGAAGAAAAAUCUUGGAACAGUCAAGUUGGAAUUGCAAUUUGAGGAUAAGGCAAUGCAAUUUACAGUUGCACCUAUACAUGCAGCAAUAAUAAUACAAUUUCAAGACCAAACAAGUUGGACCUCUAAGAAUCUUGCUGCUGCUACUGGGAUCCCUGUUGAUGUGCUGAAUCGAAGGAUAAGCUUUUGGAUAAGUAAGGGAGUUCUCACUGAAUCACUAGGAACAGAUCCUGGUGACCAUGUAUUUACCCUAGUGGAAGGCAUGGUUGAUAAUAGUAAGAACAAUGCUAAUACUGUAAAUUGUGAGGAGCUUCUAGCUGGUGAUGAGGAAGUGGAGAGGUCUGUUGCUUCUGUAGAGGACCAACUACGUAAGGAAAUGACUGUGUACGAGAAAUUCAUCAUGGGUAUGCUUACAAAUUUUGGUAGCAUGGCAUUAGAUCGAAUUCAUAAUACUCUUAAGAUGUUCUGUGUAGCCGACCCUCCUUAUGAUAAAUCACUCCAACAGCUGCAAAGCUUCUUAUCAGGUCUAGUUUCUGAAGAGAAAUUAGAGCUCAGAGAUGGAAUGUACUUUUUGAAGAAGUAAUUAGCAGAUAUAGUCAUUGGCCAUCAACUAUAAAGCAUUUAACAAGCAACACCGGUGAGGUUAAUCUUAGAAAGUUGAAGAGUGCCCCCCGUCUGAAUUGUAUUAGAUAUUGCAUAUGUAAUGAGAUGCUUUUUUGAUUUGUAUCUUUGUUCAAUGUUUAUACUUUAUAUUAAAAAAAUGCUAGGGCUAUCAUACUUUCCUGUUGAUUGUGAACAGGAAAAGAUUGCUACAAUUUGCAGAGUCAUCUGCAUUCAUGACUUGAGUUAUCUUUUUAAGGAGAUAUGUGAGACAAGGGCAUCUUCUUAUCAUUUAAAACUCUUCAAGCUCGUCCUGUU